UUUUAUUGCAGUUUUACCUUACGGGAUUCUUAUCCUGCGAUGCAGAACACACGCACGCACACGCUGUGAUGAGGCGGGAAAUAAUGCGCCGCUGAAGAUCGCUCUUCUGUUCUCCGCUGCUGGGAAGAGUGCCUGGAGAUGACGACCAAGAGGAAGAUCAUCGGGCGGCUUGUCCCGUGCAGAUGUUUUCGAGGAGAAGAAGAGAUAAUAUCGGUUCUGGAUUAUUCCCACUGCAGCCUACAGCAGGUGCCAAAGGAGGUGUUCAGCUUGGAAAGAACAUUGGAGGAACUUUAUCUGGAUGCCAAUCAAAUUGAAGAAUUGCCCAAGCAAUUGUUCAGUUGUCAGGCUCUCCGGAAGCUUAGCAUGCCUGACAACGAUCUCUCAAAUCUGCCAGCAACCAUCGCCAGCUUAGUGAAUCUGAAAGAGUUGGAUAUCAGUAAAAAUGGUAUACAAGAAUUUCCAGAUAAUAUUAAAUGCUGUAAAUGUUUAACAAUAGUAGAGGCGAGCGUGAAUCCUAUAUCAAAGCUACCGGAUGGCUUUACGCAGCUUCUUAAUUUAACUCAGCUGUACCUUAAUGAUGCCUUUCUUGAAUAUCUUCCAGCCAAUUUUGGAAGGCUAAGCAAAUUGCGGAUAUUGGAGUUAAGAGAAAAUCAUUUGAAAACAUUACCAAAGUCAAUGAGCAAGCUGACCCAACUGGAGAGACUUGACCUGGGCAAUAAUGAGUUCAGUGAGCUGCCCGAGGGCCUGGAACAAAUACAGAAUUUGAAGGAACUGUGGAUAGAUAACAAUGCACUGCAGACGAUGCCUGGGUCUAUAGGAAAACUGAAGCAGCUCAUCUACCUGGACAUGUCCAAGAAUCGGAUCGAGAGCAUAGAAAUGGAAGUAUCCGGCUGCGAGUCCUUGGAAGAUCUUCUCCUUUCCUCCAAUUUAUUACAACACUUGCCUGACUCACUAGGUCUGCUGAAAAAACUCACAACUCUGAAAAUAGAUGACAAUCAACUUGUAGCACUACCAAAUACAAUUGGAAAUUUAUCUUUGUUAGAAGAGUUUGAUUGCAGCUGUAAUGAACUGGAGACUUUGCCGCCCACCAUCGGAUACCUGCACAGUCUGCGCACAAUGGCCGUGGAUGAGAACUUCCUGACAGAACUUCCCCGGGAGAUUGGCAAUUGCAAGAAUGUCACAGUGAUGUCUCUUCGGUCGAACAAGCUGGAGUUUCUCCCUGAAGAAAUUGGCCAGAUGCAGAAGCUGCGAGUGCUGAACCUGAGUGAUAACAGGUUAAGGAAUUUACCCUUCAGCUUUACGAAACUUAAAGAACUUGCUGCUCUGUGGCUUUCAGACAAUCAGUCCAAAGCUCUCAUUCCUCUACAGACGGAAGCUCAUCCUGAGACCAAGCAGAGAGUAUUAACCAAUUACAUGUUCCCGCAGCAGCCACGUGGGGAUGAAGAUUUCCAGUCUGACAGUGACAGCUUUAACCCCACGCUCUGGGAGGAGCAGCGGCAGCAGAGGAUGACCGUGGCAUUCGAGUUCGAAGACAAGAAAGAGGAAGAGGAGGCUCCGGGAAAAGUCAAGGUUGAAAUCAAUCUCAAGAGAUACCCAACGCCAUACCCAGAAGAUCUAAAAAAUAUGGUGAAGUCAGUUCAGAACAUGGUCGGUAAAGGUAGUCACAGCUCUUCUUUGGAGAAUUCCAUUCCGACACCAACCGCCGAGCAGAAUCUGAAGGAGAAAUAUGAGCAUAAGUGGCCGAUGUCAACAAAAGAGAUUAAAUCCGAGGUUUCAAAUCGGGAACACAAGGAAUUCCAGAAGACCCAAAUCUCUGAUGCUGGAAACAUUCGUAGUUAUUCCCUAGACGUCCCAAAGAAAAAAGAAAAGGACGAGCAUUCGGAAAGAUCAGAGGAGCCCUUUGGACAUCGCACGACUGAAAUGCGUAUGGCUGAACUGCGUCCCUCAUUGAUAGAGACCCCGUUGUAUCCACCAAAACUGGUUCUACUGGGAAAAGAUAAGAAAGAGUCCACAGACGAGUCAGAGAUGGAUAAGCACCAUCAUAACAGUGUGUCAUCAGGGACCUAUUCCGACUACUCACCUUCUCAAGCUUCUUCUGGAUCGUCUAAUGCGCGUGUGAAAGUGCAGAUUACCGCUAAAGAGGCUGUAAAUAGCUCAUUGUGGGGUAACAGGCUGACUCAGUCCUUCCCACAACCCCUCGAAACGAAGCCAUUGCUGAGCCAGCGGGAGGUGGCACCUAUAGGAAAUCUGCAGCAGCGCAAUGACCGGCAGAACCUCAAUGACUCUUUCACCGAAAACUGGGACAACAGCACGCACUAUGACAACACCGGAUUUGUGGCGGAAGAAAACACAGUAGAAAAUGCAGGAGGUAACCCAAUGCUGUCUUCAAAAUCAAGAAGCACAUCCUCUCAUGGAAGGCGGCCAUUAAUCAGGCAAGAUCGAAUUAUUGGAAUACCUUUGGAGUUGGAACAACCAUCACAGAGGAACUCUCAAGAAGCAGACGUUUCUCCCAGCAAUCCUUGGCAAAACUGGACUCGGACUCCAAGUCCAUUUGAAGACAGGACAGCAUUUCCUUCUAAACUUGAAACCACCCCCGCCAAUAGUCCGUUGCCAGAACGGAAAGAACAUAAGCCACAGUCAUUAGAAAACCCAAGCACAUUCUCUUCAGGCCCAUCAUGGGAGUUUCAUGGCACCAGCUCUAGUCGGAGCAUGGGAAAUGUAUUUCCACAUAGCCAUUGCCGUCCUGAGUCGGCCAAAAACACAUCAGUGAGCAAAAGUACUGAAAGACUGUCGCCAUUAAUGAAGGACUUGAAGACGGGCAGGUUCAAAAAGUCUCAGAGUAUAGAUGAAAUAGACAUCGGGGCAUUCAAAGUGUACAACAUUCCCUUACAAAACUAUGAUCGAAGACACAUCAUGCAAGGUAGUCAUGACCGACCAGACUUUGGUAUGUUACAGGAGCAUAGUAUGUCUCGCAGUCAGUCGGUGCCAAUGCUUGAUGAUGAGUUGUUGGGUUAUGGAACCAGUAGAGGACAACAACAAAAGCCCACCACAAAGAAAGUCUACCAGUUUGACCAAAGUUUUAACCCAACGGGUGCAGUUGAAGUAAAGCCAGAGAAGAGAGUACCUCCUCCAUUUUCAUACAACCCUGACUCCUACUCCUCUCAGCAAAAGACAAUGGCAAAAGAUCUGAUCAGCCCAAGAGCCUACAGAGGAUACCCACCCAUGGAGCAGAUGUUCUCCUUUUCUCAACCUUCGGUCAAUGAAGAUUCCAUUCCUCCUCAGUUUACUAGUCAAGGAUCAAGGCCAGGAUUCUUGACAAGGGCAGAUUCUUUGGCAAGUGCCACAGAGAUGUCAAUGUAUAGGAGGGUGAGUGAGCCACAUGAACUUCCACAGACAGACCGGUAUGGCAGGCCUCCGUUCCUUGGGGCUAUAGAGCGCCAAAGCAGUAUGUCAGUGGCUGAAUCUCAGUUUCUAAAGAGAAAUGGUCGCUAUGAUGAUGAUCACACCUCCUAUCCAGACAUGAAGUCUCAAGGAAGCAGUUAUCAAGUCAAAACUCUUACACAGAGACGACCAUUGUCUGCCAGAAGCUACAGCACUGAGACCUAUGGGACCGCUCAAACCCGUCCUGUUUCUGCUAGGCCAACCAUGGCAGCACUGCUUGAAAAGAUGCCGUCUGAUUACAACUUAGUUAACUAUGGUGACAAGACCUCUGACAGUGACAUGAAGACAAGGCAGAAUCAGGGAAAAAUGGACGAUAGCUGUAAUAAAAUGCCGCCAGACUGGAGACAGCAGCUGCUUAGACACAUAGAAGCUAGAAGACUGGACAGGAAUGCUGCAUAUAAGCACAACACCAUAAGCCUUGGCAUGCUGCACUCUGGAAACCUCCCAGCAAUGCAUGAUGGCAAAAGCAUGACUUAUACAAUGCCUCACUCAGCUAACUAUCAAGAUAUACCUCACUACUAUACGCCAUCGCAGCAGAGCAGCAUCCUAGACAAUGGGCAAGAAGAUAUAUCUAUCAGUCAAUGGAAUCCUUACCCACUGGGGAGAAGAGACGUUCCACCAGAAACUGUCACUAAGAAGCUUCCUGAAGCUUUGCCUAACGGGUUACAUUACCCACAGGCAGGUAGCCAUAUCCAGACGCUGAUGGGAUCGCAGAGCCUGCAGCACAGGUCAAGAGAGCAGCCGCAUUACGACGGCGGCAUGAACAAAGUGACAAUUCAGCAGUACCAAUCUCCACUGCCCAUCCAGAUCCCAGCUGCACAAAGAGGCCCUCAGUCCGGACGCUGCUUGAUACAAACAAAAGGACAGAGGAGUAUGGAUGGAUAUCCAGAGCAGUACUGUGUAAGGAUAGAAAAGAACCCCGGCCUUGGAUUCAGCAUCAGCGGGGGAUUAAGUGGACAAGGAAACCCAUUCAAACCAUCCGAUAAGGGUAUCUUUGUUACUAGGGUUCAACCUGACGGACCAGCAUACGGUGUGCUCCGGCCCGGGGAUAAGAUCCUGCAGGUGAACGGACACAGCUUUGUACAUAUGGAGCACGAGAUGGCGGUCUCGCUCCUGAAGAACUUUCCAACCACAGUGGACCUUGUAAUUCAACGUGAGCUUACUGUCUAAAUAUUUUUAUAACUGGUAAUGAUAUCAGACAGAUCUACUUCUUCUAAGACAUUUUUUUUUUGCCAAUUGCUGGAUCAAUGGCAAAGUUCAGUGCCAAAUGUAGAAUAAUUGUUGACUAUUGACUGACACGUGAUGACGCAAGAUACAUAGGAAAUCUAACGUGGAUUCUAAUAAUAAUAAUUCUUAUAAUUAUAUUGUAUUUGUUUUAACCAUUUGCCUGAGGCUGAGCAUUUGGUGCAAUUUUAUAAAACGAAUAAUGUUUCUUCCCAAAGUGGAUUUUACUGUAUCGAGAGCGCAGAAGCACACAAGCUGCUCUUCUGGUUCCUGGAGGAAGGGGGG